AUGAGAUACCCACCAGUUAGCCUCCUUAGACAAAACAACAUUCUUCUCAUAAGAGGCAUCACGCUCUUGUUCUUGAGUUGUGUUACUAUUAGAAUAAGCCUUUGUUUUUCCAGCGUCCCUUCUACAUUAAAAGCUCUUUCCGUUGAUGGGCAUUUCAACUUUGAUGAAGUUCAUCAUGCAGCCAGAGAUUUUGGCAACAGGUACCAGUUCCUCCCAGAGGCAGUAUUACAUCCAAAGUCAGUUUCUGAUAUUGCCACCACUAUAAAGCAUAUUUGGCAGAUGGGUCCUCAUUCAGAGCUCACAGUUGCAGCUAGAGGCCAUGGCCACUCACUCCAGGGCCAGUCACAAGCACACCGAGGAGUUGUGAUUAACAUGGAAUCACUACAAGGACCGGAUAUGCAGGUUCACCCUGGAAAUUCUCCUUAUGUGGAUGUCUCUGGUGGCGAGUUGUGGAUAAAUAUCCUGCAUGAAAGCCUGAAAUAUGGGUUAGCGCCAAAAUCAUGGACAGACUACCUACAUCUAACUGUUGGCGGUACUCUGUCUAAUGCAGGAGUCAGUGGGCAGGCAUUUUGGCAUGGCCCCCAGAUCAGUAAUGUCCACCAGCUGGAGGUUGUAACAGGAAAAGGGGAGGUUGUAACAUGUUCGGAGAAGCAAAACAGUGAUCUCUUUCACGGUGUUCUAGGAGGACUUGGCCAAUUUGGCAUUAUAACCCGAGCAAGGAUAGCGCUGGAGCCAGCACCAUGCAAGGUAAAAUGGAUCAGGGUGCUGUACUCAGAUUUCACCACAUUUACAAUUGACCAGGAAAAUCUAAUAUCUGUGGAAAAGACAUUUGAUUACAUUGAAGGGUUUGUGAUCAUAAACAGAACCGGUCUCCUGAAUAACUGGAGGUCAUCCUUUAAUCCGCAAGACCCAGUUCAAGCGAGCCAGUUCAACUCAGAUGGAAAGACUCUCUUCUGCCUGGAAUUGGCCAAAUACUUCCACCAAGAUGAGACUGACAGAGUAAAUCAGGAAAUUGAAAACUUACUGUCUCAAUUAAGCUACAUAACAUCAACACUUUUUCUGUCAGAAGUUACAUAUGUAGAAUUCCUGGACAGAGUUCAUGUGUCCGAGCUUAAACUACGGUCGAGAGGCUUGUGGGAAGUUCCACAUCCAUGGCUCAAUCUUUUUAUCCCAAAAAGCAAGAUAAAAGAUUUUGCUAAUGAAGUCUUUGGCAAUAUCCUCACAGAAACAAGCAAUGGCCCUAUCCUCAUCUAUCCAGUAAACAAAUCAAAGUGGGAUAACAGAACUUCUAUUGUCAUUCCAGAGGAAGAUAUUUUCUACCUAGUCGCAUUUCUUACCUCUGCAGUUCCCUCUUCAACAGGAACUGAUGGAUUAGAACAUAUUUUAACUCAGAACAAAAGAAUUCUAGAAUUCUGUGAAACAGCCCAUCUUGGGGUCAAGCAAUAUCUACCCCAUUACAGUGCACAGGAAGAGUGGCGGACCCACUUUGGCCCAAGGUGGGAAGUUUUUGCUCGGAGAAAAUUGGCUUAUGACCCAUUGGCACUACUUGCUCCUGGCCAAAGAAUAUUUCAAAAGGCAAUAAUAACCUUCUCAUGACAGUGGCCUCACAACAUUUAUUUUUUUUAAAAGGUAGAGGCCUUAAAAGCAUGUGCAGAAAAUGCCUUGGCCACAUAAGCAGCAAAGUGGUAAAUAUUAAAUUCGUGUGCCUUUUUGUACAUGACAAGUGUAACAUGGAGGCUCCAGGCUAGUAGAAAUUUCUUCAACAAUUAACUGUUUUUGAAUGAAUUAUUGGUUACCAUAGUGAAAGGAACUGAAGCUCACCAGCCCUAUUAAAGGAUGUAAAUCUUGAAUUUGUAAACACCAAUUCAUUCCA